UUUCAGUGUGUGUGUAUGUGUUUUUAUAUGUGUGUAUUUUUCUGCAUUUUUUUUUAAAGUGCUAGUGUGUGAUUUAAUAAAAUUGGUUUUUAUUGUGUGAAAAUCACGAUCGAUCGAUAAGAAAAAUCGAUGAAAUUACCAUUUAUCGAUAUUAAUUUUAUCAUAUUUAUUUAUAACAAUGAGUGAAAGUAGAGAAAGUUGGCGACCAAUGGUUUUCGCCAAUCCAUCGACAAGGUUACGAAGUGCCAGAAGUAUGCCACAAUGGAUGACCCAAAAAGGAGGAGGACCACCACCACCCCCUAUUCCAUCAGCUACAUCAUCAGGAACACAACAUGGUGCAGCAUCACUGAAAAGUUUGCAGCAACCACCAGAACCUGAUUAUGAAGUGAUUGAAUAUCGUGGCGGUGUUGGUAACCAACCACAACAAGAGUAUUCAAAUACACCACCAAUGCUACCACAGAAGCAGGUUAUUGGCGGUGCAAAAGGUCGUAGCGGUCAUUGUGAUUUGUGCGGAGCAGUUGGACCACGUGUGAAAUGUGACAAAUGUGCCCAGCAGAUAUUUUGUUUAUCAUGCGACGAUAUGUAUCACAGGCAUCCAAAACGACAAAGCCAUGUUAGAAAGGCUUUAGAUGUCAAUGUGCAUACAGAACAACAAAUUCGACCACCAUUACCACCAAAAGGUGAACCAUUAUUAGCCCCACCAGUACCACCACCACGCCGUAAUAAACGUGGAGGAAGUGUUGCCAAUUCGCCAUGCCCAAGUCCAUUGCCACAGCGACAUGGUAGCUUCAAUAAUGAUCAGGUAAUGCUGCAAUCGCGUAAGGAUGCAUUUUCACUGAAAGAUAAAGUGGGUAGUUUGAAGCGUAUCAUGACGGGAAGACCCUUGCCAUCAGUUCCAUCAAAACCUACAAGUCCACCUGGUGCUAUGUCCUCCACAUUAUCUCGUCAAGAAAGUGGGGGUAGUGAUCGAUUUAGUUCAUUACAAGAACGUUAUCGUCAACAUCAACUUGCAAUGCGUGGUAUGGAUAUUGACCGGCAUUCUAAUUCAACACCAGCAUCAAAUCAAUGGACAUCAUCAACAGAUCAAUCUCCAAGUUUGGAUAAUCCGAGUCCACUAAAUAGUUACACAGAUUGGACUGACGACACUUCAUCUUGGAAUCAUCAACGUGGUAGCAAUUUCAAUCGUUUACGGUCAAGUAGUAUAUCAGCAUCUACAUCGUCAAGACCUACUAGUGGGUUUGCAACAACCGGUCGUAACCCUGUAGCUCGUAAAUAUAGUACAGCUUCCAAUGAUCCACGAAAUCUAGUUGGCGAAGGAGAAUUUAUACCACAUAGUACAUCAGUAUUUGAUUUGAAUAAUAUGCCAGAAGGGCAUAUGCAACCACAAUUUCAUCCACUGAUAGCACAACAGCAACAGGCAAUGUCAAUGGCACAGUUAAAUUACCCUCAAUAUCCAGGUAUGGGGCCUCCACCAUGGUGUGUUGAUCAAUGGGGAAAUUAUAUAGGACCAAGUCAAUCAGCAGGUGCUACUGGUAGUAAUUUAAGUUUAAAUAUGCAACAGCAAGGAUAUCCCGCACCAAUAUGGUAUCACCCACAAUGGAGAGGUGCGCCAUACCCAUAUCCAAUGAAUUUGCCACCACCAGGAGCUACUAAUAUGGAUCAAUCACGCUCACGGGCACAUUCUCCCGCCAUGAGUACAAAAUCACGUAAAUCCCAAAUGUCACGUUUAAAUAAUGCACGGCAUCGUCGCCAAUCAAAAGAACAAGAUGACGAUGAUCGCAGAUCAAUCAGAUCGUAUAAACAACAACGAUCUAGACAUAAUGAUAAUGAUUCUGAUCGAUUAUCGAUUAGUAAAUCAUCAACAACACGCCAUCGAAGAAACAUAUCUCCAAGUCGCUCAUUGCGUGGAGCUCCAAUCGUUGACCGUCCUGCAUCUUCUUCUCGACCUCGACGAACACAAAGAAGUGUGUCUAUUGAACGUGGACCUUCAAGCCGGAUGAGUGUUGUAUCACACUCAUCUAGUGAUGAACGCAUGAGUGAUAAUGAGGAAAUUUCACCCGCUGUUAUAUCUGAAAGUGAGUCUUCAGAGCAUGAAAUUGAUUCAGAUAUUGUUGAAACUGAUUCAGAUAUGGAUGAACGUUCACCAUCGAAGAUAAUUGAUGAUAUCAUUGAUAACGAUGACAAUGAAAGCAAGUCUCCCACAACGAUAAUUGAUUACGAUUGGAUUUGUGAACAUUGUACAUUUAACAACAAAGCUGGAACACGUAUUUGUGCCGUUUGUUGUAAGACUCCAACAAUUGAACCAAAAAAAUUAUCACCUCCGAGAUCAGAUAAUGAUAAUCAGAAAGUGAUAAAACGCCGUCAUUCAAAGAGUACUGUAAAAUGUGAUGCGGCUGUUGGAAUGGGAACAUCCUCAUCAACAAAAACACCAUCACGCCAUCAUAAACAAUCAAUCUCAUCGUCAACCGAUAAUAACGAAAAGUUAAAUGAUGAUUUUAAACAACAAUGUCGCGUGAAUUCAGCAACGGAAAGUGUGGCUGAUGAAAUUUAUGCUGAUUUAUUAAAAAAAUCGGAAAAGCAAGAUUCAACACUGAAUAAAAAACCGUCAGCUAUGUCAUCAAAGAAGAGUCAAGGAAUAAGCAAUAAAGAAGAUAAUAUGACUUCUACAACAAUAUCAACACGUUCAAGUCGUAAUACAUCUCAAUUGGAUUCUAAAUCAUUACCUAACCAGUCUCCUCCCUCCUCUCCACUUAUUCAUAAUGAUCCUUUAUUGUCACAAAAGCCACCUUUAUCAUCUAAAUCAUCAUCCACAUCCCCUUCUAGGAAUAAAGUGGAUACAGGUGUAGGCACUUCGACGGCAAAUCAAUCUGAUUAUGACAAUAAUCAAAAUAAUAAUUCAAAGACUAUAUCAAAAGGUACUUCUCCACCACCGCAAAGUAUUUCAACUCAGACAUAUGAUACUUUGGAAAAUGUAUUAGGAAUGAAAGAUAAUUUAAUAGACACUAAUACAAAAAAAUCAGUAAAUAAUAAUCGAUUUAAUAAUCGUAUUGGUGGAUUAAAACGGUCAAAUUCAAUGCAUGUACAUAGUAGUCAAGUUCAUAAUAAUCAAAAUCUUAAUGAUUGGGACCAAUACCGAUCUAUGUCUGUAAGUAGACAAUCGUUAUCAAGUGAUACACAGAGUUUAUCCAUAAAUAAUGACGAAGAAACACAAUUUACAUAUAAUCCAAGUUAUUUUAAUCGUAAAUUAGAUCGUCAUAUGUCUGUUGGUGGACUUACUGAUAUCGAUUUUCAUAGACGACCGCAUUCUUCGAUUAAGAAUUAUAUCAAUGAUUAUUCACAGUUAUCUUCACCAUUGUUGGACGAUAACAAUAGUACAAAUAAUAAUACAACAAUACAACGUACAAAUUCUAUAAAAUCACAAGGAAUGGAAAUUGUACAAUUGUUACGUGAAGCUGAAAGACAUAAAUUUACAGCAGACGAUUUACAAGCUGCAUUAGUUCAAUGUGGACAACAGAAUCCAAUCGAUUGGUUGUUAGAGCAUUGGGAGAAAACAAUUAAUACUGUACAAACAUUAGCAACAAAUUUUGGACGCGAAUGUCGACAGAAUACUGUUGGGACAGUAUCUGUUGCCGAAGCAAAAGAUGCAUUACGUUUACAUAAAGGCAAUGUUUGGGCUGCUGUUACUGAAUGUGUUGAGCAACGACAGAAAAAGUUUACAGAAUUAAAUGCACGUGGUAAUUUUUCACGUGAAGACAUUGUUACUGUAUUAACAGCAAAUCAUGGCAACUUGGAGGCAGCAUUUUUUGAAUUAAAUAAAACACAAUUAAAACCAUUUUUAAUGCGUAUAUGGGGCCCACCUGUUGGCACUGAUAAUGAAAGUGCUAACAAUAAUAAUUUUAUUGGUGAUGGUGAUCGAAUUAUACCUGACAAUAUAUCCUUAAAUGAUGAUGUAAAAGCAUCAACAAGUAAGGAUCAUCAAGAACCUACAACAUCGUCCACAAAAGUAAUAACUAUUGAUAAAUCGCGUCACGCAAGAAGAUAUUUAGCAGAAGGUAAAGUAUCAACGUACGACGAAGGAGAAAUUGUUGCAAGUUUACUGUCUUUAAAAUUCAAUGAAGAGGAUGCAUUAACUGCAGCAAAAGAAUGUCACAACUUAGAUUCAGCAAUUGCAUUUUUACAGCAAGAGUGUGAGCUGUGUACGGGAAAAUUUCCAGUUGGUGAUAUGGUGUCAAUGUUAAAAUGUACACAUGUUUGCUGUAAAGAUUGUGCAAAGAAUUAUUUUACAAUACAAGUUAUGGAUCGUAAUAUUACUGAUUGUGUUUGUCCAUAUUGUAAAUUACCAAAUUUAUCACUACAUCAAACCACUGACGAUACUACUGCUGAUGAAGCAUUAAACAAUGAAGAUGAUAUAUUAGAAUAUUUUUCAAAUCUAGACAUAUUAUUAAAAAAUAUAUUGGACGUACCAGUACAUGAGCUAUUUCAACGUAAAUUACGUGAUCGUACAUUAAUGCAAGAUCCAAAUUUUAAAUGGUGUGUGCAAUGUUCAUCUGGAUUUAUUGCAAAUGAACGGCAGAAAAGAUUAAUUUGCCCUGAUUGCAAAUCAACAACAUGCGCUAGUUGCCGUAGACCGUGGGAGAAACAACAUGAAGGCAUCUCAUGUGAAAAGUUUGCUGAAUGGAAAGAUGCAAAUGAUCCAGAUACACAAGUAAUGGCGUUACAAAAACAUUUAGCUGAUAAUGGUAUCGAUUGUCCGAAAUGUAAAUUUCGUUAUGCAUUAUCUCGUGGUGGUUGUAUGCAUUUUACAUGUACACAAUGCAAAUAUGAAUUUUGUUGUGGAUGUGGCCAGACAUUUUUAAUGGGUGCCAAAUGUACUGUAAGCCCAUUUUGUUCGAAAUUAGGCUUACAUGCACAUCAUCCACGAAAUUGUUUAUUUUAUUUACGUGAUAAAGAACCCAAUCAAUUAGAGCAAUUAUUAAAAGAAAAUAAUAUUGAUUAUGAAUCAAAAAUUAAAAUUAAUAAAGUCGAAGAAGAAACUUCAUCAACUGCAACUAAUGCAAUUACAAAGUGUAUUGUACAAUUACAAAAAGAGACACCCACAGGAAUUAUUGACAGUAUUUGUAAUAAUGAAGUUUAUCCAACAACAGAUGGAUUAUGCAGGACACAUUAUAUUGAAUAUUUAGUCACAAUCAUUGGACGAAAUAAAUUAGAUCCAAUCUCCAUUUUUGACAUCAAUGAAAUUUGUCAAGAAUUACGACGACGUGGCAAGACACUUCCAGAACGUGGUCCAUAUGAUACAGAUCCAAUAUACCGCACAAUGUGUGCUCAGGUAGUAAAAGACGAAAUUCCUUUAGAAUAAAAUAAACAACAGCUGAUGAAUAUACUUAACGAACUGUUGUAAGAAAAUCAUGUGAUUUCAAAAUACCAAUCAAAAUGUUUUCAAACAUAAAGUAAUUGAUUAUAAUAAUAAAAAGCAUAGCUGGCUCACAGUGAAUUUCGAGGUAUUCAAACAAUAAAGUGAAAAGUUGAAGUUUUGUCACAAAAUAAUGUUGAAGUGAUAAAUGGUUUUUGAUUUGAUUGUAUAACAAAUUUUGUGACAAUCGUAUUUAAAACUUUUCGAGAUACAGGGUGAUAAAUGUGUCUAAAAAAUAUUAGUUCUAAAAUACUUCGAAA